GAUUCCUCUUUAAGCCCAACAAAUUAAAUAGUUUCAGAAUUUUCCUAGAGAGAAGAACAUUCGCAGAUUGUUAAACAAGGAAACGAUAAAAACUUCCUUCCUCCCUUCUCAUUUUUCAGAUCUGAAUCAAUCCCUCGAUUCAUCCGCCAGCCGAAAAGAGGGUUUUGAUUGCGAGAUCGGGAAAAAUGACGCAUCGUGUAGAUCAGGAAUACGAUUACCUAUUCAAGAUCGUGUUGAUCGGAGACUCAGGCGUCGGUAAAUCCAACAUCUUAUCUCGAUUCACCAGAAACGAGUUUUGCUUAGAAUCCAAAUCCACCAUCGGCGUUGAAUUCGCCACCAGAACUACUCAGGUGGAAGGAAAGACUAUCAAGGCCCAGAUCUGGGACACUGCGGGCCAAGAGAGGUACAGAGCCAUCACCAGUGCCUAUUACCGAGGCGCAGUUGGCGCGCUUCUUGUCUACGACAUCACCAAACGACAGACAUUUGACAAUGCACUGAGGUGGCUGCGUGAGCUGAGAGACCACGCUGAUUCCAACAUUGUGAUUAUGAUGGCUGGGAACAAAUCUGAUUUGAAUCACUUGAGAUCCGUUGCGGAGGAUGACGGGCAGAGUCUGGCUGAGAAGGAAGGUUUGUCUUUCCUUGAGACGUCUGCUCUUGAGGCGACGAAUGUGGAGAAAGCGUUUCAGACUAUAUUGGGUGAGAUUUAUCAUAUUGUUAGUAAGAAGGCGUUGGCUGCGCAGGAAGCUGCUGCUGCUAAUUCGGCGAUCCCGGGGCAGGGGACUACGAUUAAUGUUGAUGAUACUUCUGGUGGUGUGAAACGAGGAUGCUGCUCUAACUAAAAGCCUUAAGGUAAAAAGCUGUUGUUUCGCUUGCUUGUUGGGGCUAUUCAGAGAUUUCAAUUUUUUUUUUUUUUUUUUCACUUUGUGUUUUCAAGUUUUGGUUUGAUGAGACGUAACUAUGGAAAGACCAUGUAGAGUAACACUUUGUGUUCAUUUAUUCUGUUUUAUGUUCUUUGAUUUGUGUUCUUUUAAAAGCUUGUGAGAUUCUUUAGUCAGUAAUGUACACUUGCAUUCUGCUUGUGCUUUUUCUUCUUCUUUUUCUUGCGAUGGUGUGUUAUGGUCAUGUCUGGUUUAUAAAGUAUCCUAUCUCCUAUCUCGAGAGAUAGAGACAAAAAAGGAAACUAUAUAACUCUCAUUUUCUGAUAUCGGGGUUAGGCCGGUUGGUUUCUUAUUAAUGUAACUAUUUUACUCAUUGAGAGGCUGCUACAGUGUUACCAG